AUGUCUCUGAAAACGGUUCUAUCGCUGUUGGCGGCCUUCCAAGCUGUCAAGGCCGACUUCUCGCACCCGCUGCACUUCAAGAAGGUUGAUGCCGUAGCGGCGAAGAGCAUAGCUGCAGCAAAGGGGAGGGUGACUGCUGCAUCAGGCAAUCUGGUUGCCGACCAGGGCUUUUGGUUCUCCAACUUCACCAUCGGCGGUAGCUCCAACCUCGAGAUAUUGAUCGAUACCGGCUCCUCUGAUGCUAUGCUGAACCCCGGCGUCUACAAGCCGGGCCCCAAGUCGGUCAACACCAACAAGCCCUUUCGCAUCUCCUACGCCACGACGAAUCCCGAUGGCUCUGGAUCACUUACUGCCGCUGGCAAGAUCUACCGGGAUGUCAUCACCCAGCACGACGCCAACCUGACCGUCUCACAGCAGUAUCUCGGAUCUGUCGACAGCCCCUCCUCGCCGCCCACAUUCCCCCACGAUGGCCUCAUUGGCUACGCAGGCAUCGACAGCAGUGCUCUCAAUGAAACGCCCUUUUUCCAGAGCUUGUGCGACCAAGGCUCGCUGUCGUCCUGCCGCUUCGGACUGGCUCUCAGCGCCGACGAGACCGGCACGCUCUACUAUGGCACUGUCGCGACAGACCAGUUCAGCGGCGACUUGGUCUCAGUGUCUGCCAGCGACGAGUGGAUUGUCACCGGCGACGUCACGCUGAACGGCAAGACGGUCCGCAGCAGCAUCUCCAUCAUCACGGAUUCCGGCACGACUGUCAUCUUCGGGCCCUCGUCGCAGGUCAAGACAUUGUUCCAGCAGGCCGGCAUCCAGGCGGUGCAGAACAGCAAUGGCAUCACCGGCUACUACGCCUGCGAUGCGCCGCCCACCAUUGGGCUGGCAUUCAACGGUCAAAACUUCAACAUCUUGCCAGAGGCCCUUGCCUUUACCAAGAACGGCAACAACUGCACGGCGAGCAUCCACGGGACGACUGAUUUUGGCAGCCAGUGGCUGGUUGGACAGGCGUUCUUCCAGGGCAAGUACAUUGACCACAAUGUGGAUGAUGGCACAAUGGGCUUUGCCACAUUGGUGUAA